AUGUCCGCUUCCACCUCGCGAGCCGAGAAUAUUUCCUCGGGAGCUGCCCCACGGGUCACGGUGACAUACUCUGCCUCUUACCCUUUAGUCAACUCAGACUUUCUGCAGAACAUCAUCUCUGUUCUCAGCUCACAGCUGCCCCUUCGCAAUUUGCACUGGAAGCCUACGAUUCCGGUGCAAAGCGGGUCGAACAUUACUCUGAGCGUGCCUGGUGCCGGAGAUGCCACGCCCGUGACCAGCACCACUCCGCUGACCGGCAGUAGUAGCAGUCUGCCCCAAUCCUCCUCAUCUGGCAUCCGCACCAUUCAAUCACUGCCAGUAGACCUCGAUCCCCUCUCAACGGCGCUGCAACGUGUGCGAAACAAUCCCGAGCUGCGAUAUGCUGUGAGCCAAAGUCUGCUCGAGCGGCCCUUCAGCCACCUCUACUUUGUGGCAUGUGACGACAAUGAGGCGUACCGUAACAGCAUCCGCAACGAUAUCAGAAGCUGGAUCAGCUCCCUUGGUCAUCUUCCCGUGCACCCAGCAGACGCUACACCAAGUGCGAACGCACCUUCAUCCAGGCCCGGCACGCCCAGAUCCUCAGUACACGAUAGCACAAAGGGUUCAUCCAACCUCGAAGAUGAUGCGAGCAGUGCAGCUGGACCAGAUUACCUCAUCGUUCUGCUCUCUCCAGAUCUGGGUAGUGCACAAGCGGCAGCACUCGCAACAGCUGCUGGGUCGUUGGGCAGAGGAGCGUCCCCAGCACCUGGUUCCGAACCCGAGAAGAAGACGGGACUCGGCAGAGUGUUUGGUGGGAGCAGCGCUGCGAGUAGAAGCAACGUGAUCGAGAAGAUCAGAGCGGACUUCAACUCUGGCAAGCGAGAGCGGUGAGUGGCUUCUGGAUUGGUCGGGCUAGGCGCUGGGUGAGCGAGCCCUCGUCCGGACCCAUGCGAAUGCCGUUCAGCAGAUCCCGCUGCCAGACGCCGCGGAAGCAGCAGGGAGCACAGUGGAGCCCAACGUCACUCUCUGUCCGACGCCCGACUGACACCGAAUUCUCUUCUGAUACGAUUUAGGGUUGUCCAGCUCACGCGACUGCCGCCGCAACAGCCAGCAAAUACUCCCAGCGGCGGAUACCAUGCCGACCCUACACUCUUUGCAGACCUUUUGAUGCGACUCAAAGAUUCAGCUAGCGCGACAUUCGACCGACUAGUGUCGCUGCAAGAGGAAGAGUGCAGGAGGGAGUUGAGGCACAGGGACUUUCCUGGUUGGAACAUCUGCAAAUGGGUAAGCAGCGUGGGAUGCUUGGCGAACACCUUUGAAGCUGUUGGGCUUCACAAAGAAGCACUCAGUCGGUACGACGAAGUAGAUGCUGCAUUCGAGCAGUGCUUAGCGACCGGCGCUACGCAGCACUUCAGAUCCAUGGGGGCUAUCACCAGCGGAGACGAUAGCGCACCUCUGCUUGACACAAGGAAGAAGCCAUACUACGACUUGAUUCGCAGGAGCGAGAUCAGCUUGUUUGAUUUCCGAUGCUACAUCUUCGCGCGAAGGGCCGCGCUGUUAGGCAAGCUGGGCAGAGUUGCGCAAGUGAUGCACGAGACGCCUGGCUUCGUGGAGAAUGUUGGGAGGAUGCUCAGUGCUGGAGAAGUGAGUAGCAUGUAUGCGCAUUGAGAUGGUCUGCGCCGCCCGACCUCGCCCUUCAGCUGAUGCAGGAGCACACACGCCAUGCAGCUCCUUCCACGUCACUUUGUCGAGUCGUGGACAUUCAGCUCAUCCAUAGAUGUGGUGGAGCAGUGUCAGGCAUGGCUGGUAGAGCGGGGAGAUAUUGCUGCACCUGGCAUGUCUGACGAGGUCAAUCUCAAGUACUUAGGGGACGAGGACUCGGACGCUAGGAAGAGCGCAAUGCUCGCAAGGCAGCGCCACAUCGAGUCGCAGCUCUCUGCGGCGUUCCAUGCAGCAAAAGCGCAGUUGUUGGAUCUGGCCAGAAGACAGUUGGACAUCAUUGGUAUGCACGUGGGCCACCUGCCUAGGGCUCUGCCAUUCCUCGCCUCGCUGCCUGACUAUGCGUCUACUGCAGCGCCAAAGGACAGAGACUUGCCUGCGCUACCAGACGAUGCCUAUGCGAAAGAUCAGCGAAUAACCAGAGACGAGCUCCUCCAGGCUAUCGAGGACCGUCAGCUCUUCGACGACCACCUCAUCUCCUUGACGGAGAGGACUGCAGCGUGCUGGAGCAACGCGUGCAUGCCCAAAAGGGUGCUUUCGAUGCAAGCAAGUCUUGCAAGUCUACAAUAGUGAGCGUUGUAUCAGGCGGAAAUUGUGAUCAUUGAACAGCGCUGACCUUGCCGGUCUCACGCAGCUAUCGGGAAAAGUACAGCGAAGCCUACGUCGCAUUCGGAAAACUCGCAGAUGCUCAUGCAGUCGAGAGGACUCCUAUCGAAGCGCACAUGCUAGCCAAGCAACUCGCGGCCCAUGCCCACCUCGAAAUGCCGCGAGACAAAGCCUGGGUCAACGUCGUCGUUGCACUGCUCAAGAGGCUGGCGGACGAGCGAGCGAAAGGCGCCUCUCUGCCCAUCUCGAGCAGAUCUGCGGUCAACGUGGCGAGCGGUAUUGCCUGGGACGACGAACGCGCGCUCUUUGCUGAGCUGCGCACGACGCCCUUUGAGCAAGAGCUCCCUGUCAGUCAUUUCUCGCCGCUCGUCGUCAAGGUCAACGCCACCUGGGCCUCUCAUAUUCCAGGCCAAGAUGGAUCGCAACUUUCUGUCCGAGUCACUUCUGCGACAGGCACUCAGGUGGAAGUCGACGAUAUCCGAGUAUGCUUGACCAGCGGCGAGAGGGAGAUGCUGUGGUUUACAAGCGGAUCGAGAAUGUUGGAGAAAGGUCACAACCACGUCAAGCUAUCGUGUCCCUCUUCAGCCCCUGGGAAGUAUAUUGUUGACGUCUGCCAGGUCAGGAUUGCCAAGAUCAUCUUUCAGUACACUGCCCCUCGUACGUGGCCGGGCGUGGUGAUCGUCGGCGUACCUGAAGACGGAGAAGCUCUGGACGCGAAGCUGGUCAUGCCUGACACUAUACGCAUAGACGAGCAAAGGCAUGCUAUUCUGGAAAUCAACACUGGCAGGAAUCAAGUCUCGAGAGCCGAGCUGCGACUCGCUUUAAGCCCGGUCGGCAGAGCUGCUGGUAUGAGCGCAAAUGCGAGGGUACUGGUUGGUGUCUCGGAGGGCCAUUUUAUCGAUGAGAGUGCUCGUGCAAUUAGUCGCUCUGAGACGCCUAAAUUGGAAGCGUCAGAGGACGGCACAGUACACGUCAGCAGCCUGUCAUCCAGAACAACGCACCGACUUCGCUUUCCGCUAUACGAGACGUCUGCCGCUACCGCUGGCACCCUGCACGUCGCCCUAUCUAUAGACUACUGGUCUGCGAAAAGUCAGCGGCCUCAGUCUAGACGCCAGUUUCGAAAAGAAGUCGCUCUCAGUGUGGCCUUGCCUCUCGGUGUCAACGUGCAAGACUACUUUCGAUCAGAUAGGCUGUACUCUAAAUUCUCCAUCACUGCUGGCACCAACUCCAAUUUGAGACUGGGCAAGGUGGACCUCAUCCACGCGGUAGAUGAGGACGAUGGGAAGCAAAAGGGACAGAUUGGCGAACGCAAGGGGUCUGAACAGAAGCACGUCAUCGAGAGACCUCCUUCGUCUGCUCCAGUUCUCCUUGACUCCCGUCAGCCUGCUAGCUACGUUUUCUCUAUCAAGAAGAAUACUGCCACAAAAGGUGGCUCAGCCCACAAAGGCGCCCCGACGAAGUUGCGUUUGAUGCUUCGAUAUCGCAGCAUCCAAGAAGAAGCGCAGCGUCUCUUGAUUCGGCUCCUUGAACAAGUGCUUGGAACGGCAGCCGACGGGCCUUCAUUACUCAGCGAAGGCCACAAGAGGUCACUGGAGCUCGCUAUGUGCCGAUUGGUGGACUUGGGCCUUGACGUGGCCGUGUAUUCCUUGACUGGCCAAAUACGAGCGGGACUUUUUGACGCAGACAUUUGGCGCAAAGCCGCAGAAAGAUGGGGCAUCGAUAGCUCGAGCAAGGAGGCGGACUUUGUCGUGAAGGUGGUGGAGAGUACUUUGCAAAAGGCGCUGGAAUGCGGACCGACCGACGCUUCUUCAGAAAGCGCUGCAGCUUUGCCAUGGAGGCUGCUUUCCAUACCCGUAGAUGUGCCUCAGGUGGACAUCGUCAACGCGGUCUCCAUAAAGGUGACGGAUGAAGGACCAUACUACGUCGGACAGCCGAUCAAGGCGACAUUAACAAUCUCCACAUCCUUCUCUUGGGGCGUCGACGCGGCGGACGCCAAGGCUUCUGCUGAAACGCUUCAAGUCGACGAAUUUCAAGAUGCUCGAUCAGAGGCAGGCUCUGAUCUCACCGUCGGGAUCGGCGGUACUCAAGCGCCUUCUAGGAGUCCUUCGCCUGCUCCUACAAGUCACGGCCGAGCAGCUUUAGCUGGAAAAGGUCAAAGUCAGCGACUCAUGUACGACGUUGCUGCAGACUUCGACUCUUGGCUCGCUAGCGGCGCCAAACGACAUGCUUUCGAAGUUAGCACCUCGGACGUGCAAGGCACCGGAGCUGCCCCGGCACACGAGUUCGAGCUAGCACUGAUUCCUCUCCGCCACGGCUCUCUGCUUUUGCCGACUGUCAAUGUCUGGGCUUUAGCCUCCAAAGGUGCUCUCUCAGACCUCAAGAAAUCGCAGUCGAAAGGUAUUUCGGCCACAGACCAGCAGGAUCGGCAGCGUCAUUUGGGCUCGGAUUCGGAGUCAGAUAUGGACAUCGAUCCAGUGGAAGAUGAGCUGGAGGAACAGCGCCUCAUCGAGCUAGGCCACAUCGUCGUGCCUAGCUGCGCUACACAUCAGAUCAACGCUGCCGAGCACGUCGAGGUGUUAGCAAUCGACAACAUUUCGACGGCUGGGCGGGGAGCUUUGCCCCUCUGA